AUGCGACUCAUCGCAGUGAUUCUGACACUCCAGGCGUUGGGUCUCCUUUCAAAUGCAUAUGAAAACGUUGCCUUGCAUAAACCGUCAUGGCAAAGUAAGCAAUACUUAUAUCAUCAAGGGGACAGCAGAACCGAUGCAAAUAAUGCUGUAGAUGGACUGAAGACUAACCUCACAUCUGUUGGAGGGCAAUGCGUUAUAUCCGGUAACGAUCUUAGGACUGCCACCUGGUGGGUUAACCUGACAUCUAUUCUCAGUAUACAUCAUAUAACAAUUCAGUACAGGACGGAAAAUGAAAAGUGGGAUCCCAGUAAUCAUUAUACAGGACGGUUUCUUGGAUUUUAUUUAUAUGUAUCCAAUACCACAUAUAGAAACGACGGUUACCUUUGUUUUCAUGACACAAGAUACACCAGAGCCACCAUACCACCUGUCUUAAACAUAAGCUGUCCUGUACAUGGACAAUACGUCAUCUACUACAAUGAGAGACUAGAGGGAGUGAAGUAUCCUGCUGACUACUCUCGCCAUGCAUUUACUGAGUUGUGCGAAGUAGAGGUUUACGGAUGUCCUACUUCAGGAUUGUUUGGACCUAAUUGUGAUCUCAGAUGUCAUACAAACUGCCAGGAGUACUGUAACAUCGAGACUGGGGUGUGUUUAGGAUGUAAACCAGGAUAUGUUGGUCAAUAUUGUGAGCACGAAUGCAGUGAAAGACGUUUUGGACAGAACUGUGAGGAGUUUUGUGGAGACUGUGUAGACUUCGAACAGUGUCAUCAUGUUAAUGGAAAGUGUCAAAACGGAUGUGAACGAGGUUUUCAUGGUACCAGGUGUACUGAAAUAUGUCCAAUAGGGUUCUAUGACAAAAACUGUAAGAGGAAAUGUAGUUCGAAUUGCCUCUACUCCAAUAGAUGUGACUCAAAAUCUGGUGUAUGUCAAGGGGGCUGCAAACCAGGAUGGCAAGGUCCACUGUGUGACAAAGACUGCAACGAGAAGAAUGGAACGAACUGUAACAAACGGUGUGGACACUGUCGAGGGGGUGCUGUGUGCAAUCAUAUAAAUGGAGCCUGUCAGGAUGGAUGCGCUGCGGGAUACAAAGGGGAAAUGUGUACAAAAGAAUGUGACGUUGGGUGGUAUGGUCUUGGUUGUAAGCAGAAAUGUAGUGCAUAUUGUAACGAUUCGGGAGUUUGUGAUCACGUGACUGGUUCUUGUAAAAGUGGUUGUAAAAGUGGAUGGCAAGGAGUGAAUUGUUUGGAAGGGGGGUACAGUCAAUUUAUAAGAGGAAUGAGUCAACAGCCCAUGGUCAGUAAUUCACAGGAAGGCUGUGAUAAAGUUUUAAAUGAUGAUAGCGGAAACCAGAAAGACAAGACAUACGAUACUCUAGGUAGCAAUACCAGUCGUGCUAGUGAGAAAGAUGAAAAAAUCGAGAUGUCAUUGCAAACAGCCUAG